AUGGGACGUCUGGACGGCAAAGUGGCUCUUGUGACAGGAGCCGGCAGUGGCUUCGGCGAGGCUAUCGCACAUGCAUAUGCCGCAGAAGGGGCAAAAGUGCUGAUAGCAGACAUUGCCGUCGCCAACGGAGAGAAGGUGGCCGCGGAGAUCGCAGCCAAAAGCUACACAGGGGAAGCCAUCUUCGUGGAACUGAACGUCACCAAGCGCAGCGACUGGGAGAAGGGCCUUGCACUGGCCAAGGACAAGUUUGGCAAGCUGGACAUUGUGAUCAACAAUGCGGGCACUACCUACAAGAAACAGCCCAGCAUGGGCGUCUCGGAGGCGGAUUUCGACAGGGUUGUGGCCGUCAACAUCAAGAGCAUCUACCUGAGUGUUUCGGUCCUGAUGCCGUAUUUCGUCGAGAGGAAGAGUGGUGUCUUCUUGAGCACAUCGUCCAUCUCCGGCAUGCGAACCCGGCCAGGUCAAGUGUUUUACGGCGGUACCAAAGGAUUUGUCAACACGAUCACUCAAGGCCUGGCUGCUGAGUAUGGGCCAGAUGGGAUCCGCGUGAACUCGAUCUGCCCGCUCAGAGGCGCCACUGGCCUGUUAGAACUAUUUAGCGGCGUCCCAGACACUCCUGAAGAGAGGGAGAGGUUUGCCCAGACCGUGCCACUACGUCGUAUGUCGGAACCCAACGACAUCGCCAUGGCUGCCGUGUACCUGGCAAGUGACGAGGCGGCAUUUGUCACUGGGGUCAAUCUGCCGGUGGAUGGAGGACGACUGGCUCUGUGA